UGUCUUUUUCCUGUCAGCCGGAACCAGCUGUAUCUCCAGAAGAGGUCUUUAUGACUCCGGGUUGCAGCGCAGGGCUCCAGGUCUUCGUGGGUGACAGCCAGCGGGUGGAUGCCAGAGAGCUUAUGCUCUGACUCAGAGACCCAGGUGCCCCUGUCAUGCACCUGGGGAGGCUGGUGUGGGCAGCACCGUGGGAGAAGCGGGCUCCUCACACUGACCCCUGGGCCCUGGACCAGCCUCUGUGAAGUGACACCUCUACAGGGGUCACCAGGCAAGGAUCAUGGCUUUUCCUGAACUCCUGGACCAAGUAGGGGGCCUGGGCAGGUUCCAGGUCCUCCAGACGGUGGCCUUGGUGGCCCCCAUCAUGUGGAUCACCACUCAGAACAUGCUGGAGAACUUCUCAGCUGCUGUGCCUGGCCACCGAUGCUGGGUGCCUCUUCUGGACAAUGACACCACCCAGGCAGGUGUCCCUGAGGACCCAGGGCCUGAGGCCCUCCUGACCAUCUCUAUCCCACUGGGUCUGGAUCAACAACCCCACCAGUGCCUCCGCUUCCGACGUCCACAGUGGCAGCUCCUGGGGUCCAACGCCACAGCCACCAACUGGAGUGAGGCCGACACAGAGCCAUGUGAGGACGGCUGGGUCUAUGACCGUAGUACCUUCGUGUCCACGACUGUGACCACGUGGGACCUGGUAUGUGAUGCCCAGGCCUUGAGACCCAUAGCCCAGUCUAUCUAUCUGGCUGGGAUCCUGUUGGGAGCUGCAGUAUGUGGACUUGCCUCUGACAGGUUUGGACGCAGGAAGGUGCUGACCUGGAGCUAUCUUCAGGUGGCUGUGUCGGGCACCACAGUCGCCUUCAUUCCUACCUUCCCCCUCUACUGCCUGUUCCGGUUUCUGGUGGCUUUUGCAGCGGCAGGCAUCAUGAUGAACACAUGCAGUCUCUUGAUGGAGUGGACGUCAGCCCAGGCCCACCCAUUGGUGAUGACCUUGAAUGCUGUAGGUUUCAGCUUAGGCCAGGUCCUGACAGGUGCCGUGGCCUACGGUGUACGCAGCUGGAGGAUGUUGCAGCUGACUUUCUCCGCCCCCUUCUUCCUCUACUUUGCGUAUUCAUGGUGGCUACCAGAAUCGGCACGCUGGCUCUUCACCGUGGGCAAGCUGGACCAGGGUCUGCAGGAACUGCAGAGGGUGGCUGCCAUCAACAGAAAGAGGGCAGAGGGAAACACACUGACCAUGGAGGCCGUACUGUCAGCCAUGCAGGAGGAACCAAGUGGGGAACAGGCUCCCACCAGGCUGGGCACCCUGCUCUGCACACCUGGACUGCGCCUCCGGACCUGCAUCUCCAUGUUGUGCUGGUUUGCCUUUGGCUUCACCUUCUACGGCCUGGCCCUCAACCUGCAGGCCCUAGGAAGCAACAUCUUCCUGCUCCAGGUGCUCAUCGGGGUGGCGGACCUCCCGAUGAAGACCAGCAGCCUGCUGCUGCUCAACCGUCUCGGCCGGCGUCUUAGCCAGGCCGGCUCCUUGGUGCUGCCAGGACUCUGCAUCCUGGCCAACGUGCUGGUGCCUCAUGAGAUGGCGGCUUUGCGUUCGUCCAUGGCUGUGCUGGGCCUGGGGUCGCUGGGGACCGCCUUCACCUGUGUCACCAUCUUCAGCAGUGAGCUCUUCCCUACUGUACUCAGGAUGACAGCAGUGGGCCUAGGCCAGAUAGCAGCCCGUGGGGGAGCCAUCCUGGGGCCUCUGGUGCGACUGCUGGGCAUCCAUGUCCCCUGGCUGCCCCUGCUGGUAUACGGGACGGUGCCAGUGCUGAGUGGCCUGGCUGCACUGCUUCUGCCUGAGACCAAGAACUUGCCACUGCCAGACACCAUUCAAGACAUUCAGAAUCAGUCAGUGAAGAAGGUGACACACAACAAAGCUAAGAGCUCCAUUCUGAAGUCCACACGGCUCUAGCUCCUGACGGUCUACGAUAGGA